AUGUCUAACACGACAACAGGACGAAUUCCAUUAUGGUUCGUAGGAACAGUUGCUGGCCUUGCUGCGCUUGGUCUUUUAACAAUUUUCUUUUAUGGAUCAUACGUAGGGCUUGGUUCAUCUCUUUAA